AUGGCCAGUGCUAAUUCUCAAAUAAGCCACUUGUAAUUGCUGUAAGGACUUUUAAGAGCACCCAUUCCUGAAACUUGGAUUUACAUUUCCCAAAUAUGAUGCAUGUUUUGUUUUGUGUGCCGACAUAAAGUGUUGCAACUUGUAGGGAUGUGAGAGAGAGUCAGAGGGGGAGGAGGAGGUGACAGUGCCAUUUGGCUGGAGGGCACUCAUAAACCUGGAGAGGGAGAGAGUGCACCAUUCAUUACAGGUGACUGUACCAUGUGACUUCAGGAGUUUUAAAAAGCGGGCCAACCUGUCCUCAGGUACAAGCAAUCGCCGGAGGAGCAGGGAUGAGAAAAGCUGGGCUGUCGGCAAAGCAGCAAACACCGACAGCCCCACAGAGCUGCAGGGUUCUAUUUCUGACCUCCCUGGACUAUCCGCGUCUUUGACACAAUGAGCUGCAGCAGCGUUGCAGAAUCCGAGUUUUCGGAGGAAGAGCUGGAGCUCGGUGCUCUAGGCCAAGGUGAGAGCGAGGGAAGUCCCAAGGUGUCGUUCCAGGACAGCGAGAGCUCUACUGGCAGCCCGAGCGACCCGGAGGAGGACCUGACCAAGAAGCGCAAUCGGCCGGUUCGCUCCAAAGCUCGACGUAUGGCAGCCAAUGUCCGUGAGAGGAAACGCAUUAUGGACUAUAACCAAGCCUUCAAUGCUCUUCGGGUCGCCUUGAACCAUGACCUUAGCGGCAAACGGCUCUCAAAGAUCGCCACGCUGCAGAGGGCCAUCAAUCGGAUCUCAGCUCUCUCUGUGUUCCUGAGCACUAACCCAGCCAGCAAACCUUGCACCCAUCGGGAAUGUAACAGGUCAUCGGCGGGGAUGGCACCAAUGGCAGCCUCACGACUGGAGCAGACUAGGGUGACCAUCCCUCGUCUGGAGCAUCAAAAUUAUGCUCCCUGGCACGCGUCCAUCUCCCAGCAACCGCAGCAGGGGCCUCACGUGUACAGGUGCCCCACGGAGCCUCACGUCUACGUAGAUACCAGUGUCUCCUCGUGCCCCCCGUCACCACACUACCCCUGUUAUCCCACAGAAGGACAGCUUUAUGCUUCACGAGGCCAUUGCGGCAGCUCUCGCGAACAUCCACCAAGCCCCCUGCGGUUCUCUCAGGUGGGUGACGGGUUGGGGUACCAGCCUGGAUUAUGGGGCUCCUGCACUCAGGGUUACAUCGACACUUUUGUGGAGCCAUCUGCAGCUUUGGGACUUCCCUGGCAGGUGAACUACAUGCAGGAGCAGGAACACAACCUCUCUUUGGGCUCAGAAACCCAACUAUGAAUGUCGUUGAUCUGUGGAAUUAUCUCAGGGACAAUUUUGGUUUCUGGCGAUGGAUCAGUAUUACAAUCCAGAUCAUAGUUGGCAUAAAUUGUCAGCCAAUUUGAAUAAGAGUGCAAUGAUGAGCUGCUGAAUGCUCUUAAAGAAUGUUCCGCUGUAUUUUAGAUCAUUCACACAAAAUGGUUGCAUUGUCAUUUACUGGUUACUGUGCAAAAGCUGUUAUUUUUUAUCACUGAGUGCUGCAUAAGUACUGACUGUAUGUGCUACACUGUUACGUAAUGCACACAUUUCUCUAAUGUAUUUAUUUCCUCUUUUGUCAUACAAGUUGUGACUGUUUGUAUG